CAUUAUCAUCUCUUGCAUCUCAAACACAUUGCAUCUUCUCCUCCUGGUUGAUUGGUUCAAACAUACAGCACAAACUAGUACCAUGCCGUUCUCUACCGGCUCGGAUAGCUCGACGCCUACCGCACCGUCGCCCGAACCUCUGCUAUUCAACUCGUCGGACGACAGCGUCCCCUGGGUCAUCCAAAAGUAUGGAGGUACUUCGGUGGGCAAGAGCUUGGCAAGCAUCGGAGCCAUCGUCGAGUCUUACAUCCCCAACAGCAAGGUCGCUGUCGUCUGUUCAGCCAGGUCGGGAACGACCAAGGCUCUUGGGACCACCAAUCUCUUGCUACAAGCCUCAAGAGAGGCUCUGACUCCCGCUCCGAACGUUGGUGCCAUCAGUGGUAGCAACACCGAGCCGGCGUCAGGCAGUGCCACACCGUUCUACCCUAAAAGGGUUGGCUCGGGUUUCUUCAACAACGGAUCUGGUCCCAGCAUGACGCCUGCUGACGGACCCAUGGGGAUGAGCUCCAGCAUAUCGUCUUUGAAGGACAUGAAGCUUUCGAGAUCGUCCUCGCCGUCCCCCUUCCAACCCUCGGUCUCUUCGCCGUCUUCUUCCGGGUUUCUCCCCGUCUCGACCCCCGGGAUCAACGGAUACUCGAACACCAACGGAUCGUCCAACAGCGACCUGCCCGCUUUCCACCAGACUGUGGAUCAACUGAAGCGGGAUCACCUCGAAGCUGCACGGAAUGCCGUCAAGGACCCCUCGCUGUUGCAAGAACUCAACGAGGAGAUCGAGAGAGACCUCGACCGGUUGAGAUCUUUCUUGAGCGCCGCACAGAUCAUCGACGAGAUCUCUCCCAGGAGCCAAGACAGCAUCGUUGGGAUCGGAGAGCGACUCGCAUGCAAGAUCGUGGCCGCGUCAUUACGAGAUCGAGGUAUCGACUCGGAACUCGUCUCGCUGGAAAACAUCGUCGAUAGCGCCAUCGCAUCGGGCGAAGAAUCGGCUCAAGCCUCGGCUUCCCACGACCAAGGUGUCGGUCAGCUUGACCAGUCGUUCUACGAUCGUCUGUCGGCUAGGCUCGGCGAGCGUCUUCGAGCGUGUGGCAACCGUGUCCCUGUGAUCACUGGCUACUUUGGCGUUGUUCCCGGGUCCCUGCUCAGUCAGAUCGGACGGGGUUACACCGACCUGUGUGCCGCUCUAUGUGCCGUUGGCGUACAGGCGAGCGAGUUGCAAGUGUGGAAAGAAGUCGACGGGAUCUUUACGGCCGACCCGCGCAAGGUCCCCACGGCCAAGCUCGUACCCAUCAUCACGCCCGACGAGGCCGCCGAGCUGACCUAUUACGGGAGCGAGGUUAUCCACCCGUUCACCAUGGAACAGGUCAUCCGAGCCAAGAUUCCCAUCAGGAUCAAAAACGUCGAGAACCCUACCGGGGAAGGUACGAUCAUCUACCCUGCGCAGAGCGAAGAUAUGGAGGAAGGCGCUUCGGGUUCUUCAGCCCCGGGAGUGGGGAACAGAGACGUCAACGAGGUCGUCAAGAUCAUCGACUCUAUCAAGAUGCCUACGGCGGUCACCAUCAAGGACGAGAUCAUCGUCAUUAACAUCCAUUCGAACAGGAAGACGAUCAGUCAUGGGUUCUUGGCUCGAAUCUUCGGCACUCUUGAUAAGACUGGGGUUGUGGUGGAUCUGAUCAGCACGAGCGAGGUUCACGUCUCAAUGGCUCUGCAGGACUUUAUCAAAAAGGAGAGGCUCGACCGCCUGGUCCGCGACCUCGAAAAGAUCGGACACAUCACCGUCUCCAAGGACAUGGCCAUCUUGUCGCUUGUCGGUCGACAGAUGCGACACAUGGUCGGUAUCGCUGGAAAGAUGUUUUCGACCCUGGCGGACGGCAACGUCAACAUCGAAAUGAUCUCUCAGGGCGCGAGCGAGAUCAACAUCAGUUGUGUUAUCAACGGCAAGGAUGGCGUCAAAGCCCUUAACCUGAUUCAUCAAGCCUGUUUAACAGUGCCAGUCGCUGCAGGCAAUGGUGGUAAGUGUGUGAUUUGA